UCCACCUCUCCCUCCCGGUCUCACUCCUCUACCACUCUGCUCUCCGAGCCGGAGUGGAUGCUGCUAAACUGAGCGGCUCUAUAGGUUGGUCCUUUUCAGAAGAGUUCCUGUUGGGACCAUUUAUGGCACGCUGGGGGAAAUACAUCGAGGAAUGCAGAGCAGAGACCAGGCUGGACUGAGAGAAACCGCAGGAGGAGCGAUAAAACUGAUCUGGGAACAGCAAAAAGUUGGAGGCUGAGAGGAGCAGGUGGAGCCCGGCGUCAGCAGCUCCAGCAAGUCAUCGUUUGUCCUUCCAACAGGUGACGCCCCCAGACGUUCGGAUGCAUUUAUCACUGGACACCAUGAGCAUGGUGGACGACAGCUGCCUCUCGCCCAGCAACUUCCACGAAAUGGGGAAAGGCGGGGGCGUCGCAGUCGGGGGCCGCGUCCACAGCAUUGAUGUCAUCCUAGGCUUCAAUAAGGACCAGGAACCCUUGCUAAGUCCUACUGGGCCCAUGGGGCCCCAGAAGAUGGGCUUAGAUGGACUGGGAGAUCACGUGAAGCAGCAGGAGUCCUUGUCCCACCCGUCCUACAGCGGACACCUGAGAAACAGCAGCUCACAGCAGCAGCAGUACCAGGAUGCUGGUUUGUACACAAGCAAGAGUGAAGAAGAGCUGGGUGAGCUCAGGAAAAAUGUGGAGAGCGACGACGGCAAGUCACCUGAGUCAUGCAAGGAGGAUCAACCCAAGAAGAAGCACAGACGCAACCGCACCACCUUCACCACCUACCAGCUGCACGAGCUGGAGCGCGCCUUCGAGAAGUCCCACUACCCCGACGUCUACAGCAGGGAGGAGCUGGCCAUGAAGGUGAACCUCCCUGAAGUGCGAGUCCAGGUCUGGUUCCAGAACCGCAGAGCUAAAUGGCGUCGGCAGGAAAAAAUGGACGCCAGCACCAUGAAGCUCCAUGACUCCCCCAUGCUGUCCUUCAAUCGCCCGCCUCCGGUUCACUCCAGCAUGGGUCAAAUAACCAACUCCCUCCCGUUGGAUCCCUGGCUGACGUCUCCCCUGUCCAGCGCCACACCCGUCCAGUGUAUCCCAGGCUUCAUGGGUCCAGCUCAGGCCCUCCAGCCCAGUUAUCCCAGCCACGGAUUCCUCAAUAGUGCCCCCCAUGCCCCUCACCCGCACGCUCACCCCCAUCCUCCAUCGGGGCAGGGGAUGCAGAGCAUGGCUCCCCCACCUUACCAGUGUCCAGCCCCGUACUCCGAUAAAUUCCCCCUGGAAGACGUGGACCAGCGCAGCUCGAGCAUCGCCGCUCUGAGAAUGAAAGCCAAGGAACACAUCCAGUCCAUGGACAAGACCUGGCAACCCAUGUGACUAAUUGACAGUCCAUGUGAGGGACAAUCCUGGCACAAAGCUGCUCUGCCACAAAAAUGAAGUGAGACUGAGCUGUGAAAACGGAAGAACAUUUUUGGUACUUUCUUUUCUUUUUAACUUUUUUCUCAUCUCCAAGACUUAAAAGUGAAACCAUGGUGAGGUUGCAUUAAUGGUUAUCUCUUGUUCCUGUUGAUGUUUGGUGCCUUGGGUGCAACAAAUGCAGAAAAACCAACUGGUCAUCAUUGCUUGCACCCAAGAAACUACUGUAAUUCACUUUUUUUAAUUAAACAUGCUUUUUAAAAACUCA